AUGAGUAUGAAUCUGGAGGCUCAAAAGAUUUUCAAGGACAACGUGGCCAAAGCGGUCAACAAGGAUACGGUAAAGGUAAUGCACUUCAACAGCAAGGACAAGCUUUUAGACAAACUGCUGCAUCGAAAGGCCAGGGUGCAUUCGGACAGACGUCUGGUUCUCAAGGACAGGGUGCCUACGGCCAGAGUACUGGAUCACAGGGACAGGGAGCUUUCGGACAAACUGCUGCAUCUAAAGGCCAAGGUGCCUUUGGACAGACGUCUGGUUCACAAGGACAGGGUGCCUACAGCCAAAGUGCAGGAUCACAAGGACAGGGAGCUUUUGGACAAACUGCUGCAUCUAAAGGUCAAGGUGCCUUCGGACAGACGUUUGGUUCUCAAGGACAGGGUGCCUACGGCCAGAGUACUGGAUCACAGGGACAGGGAGCUUUCGGACAAACUGCUGCAUCUAAAGGCCAGGGUGCAUUCGGACAGACGUCUGGUUCUCAAGGACAGGGUGCCUACGGCCAGAGUACUGGAUCACAGGGACAGGGAGCUUUCGGACAAACUGCUGCAUCUAAAGGCCAGGGUGCCUUUGGACAGACGUCUGGUUCACAAGGACAGGGUGCCUACAGCCAAACUGCAGGAUCGCAAGGACAGGGAGCUUUUGGACAAACUGCUGCAUCUAAAGGUCAAGGUGCCUUCGGACAGACGUCUGGUUCUCAAGGACAAGGUGUCUACGGCCAGAGUACUGAAUCACAGGGACAGGGAGCUUUCGGACAAACUGCUGCAUCUAAAGGCCAGGGUGCCUUCGGACAGACGUCUGGUUCUCAAGGACAGGGUGCCUACAGCCAAACUGCAGGAUCGCAAGGACAGGGAGCUUUUGGACAAACUGCUGCAUCUAAAGGUCAAGGUGCCUACGGACAGACGUCUGGUUCUCAAGGACAGGGUGCCUAUGGCCAGAGUACUGGAUCACAGGGACAGGGAGCUUUCGGACAAACAGCUGCAUCUAAAGGCCAGGGUGCCUUUGGACAGACAUCUGGUUCACAAGGACAGGGUGCCUACAGCCAAAGUGCAGGAUCGCAAGGACAGGGAGGACAAGGUGCCUUCGGACAAAUUACUGGUUCCUCUCAAGGACAGAACGCAUUUGGGCAGACAAGUAGACCACAAGGGCAAGGUGCUUUUGGGCAACCUGCUAGGCCUCAAGGACAGAGUGUUUUUGGACAGAAUGCUGCAUCCAAGGGACAGGGCGCGUUUAGUCAGGUUACUGGAGCGCAAGCACAGGGUACUUUUGGAUCGACUACUGGGAAACAAGGUCAGGGUAUCUUUGGACAGGCUGCAGCAUCAAAAGGGCAAGGAGGCUUCGGGCAAACCACUGGUGCACAAGGUCAAGGGGCCUUUGGCACACAGUUCGGCCCUCAAAGCAGUAGUACUGGCAUCAGUCAAUCAUCAUCGUCCCAUAAAGAUGGAUACGACUACAGUCGUCCUCAGGGAUCUUCGUUUCAAACCAGAACUAAUCGCCCUGGACAAGGACAGGCAUCACAAUAUAGGCCUGGCGGAUAUGAGCCGGGAUCUGGGCCUUCAAGCAAUGGUUUCCCAUCACAAAUCCGUCCUGGCAACACACCUUCAACAGCGUUCGGACAGAAUGGUGCUUCAUUUGGUUCUAGCGGAGGUCCCGCAGGCGAUUCCUCUGGAUAUCAGUAUGACAAGCCUGGCACGCAAACUAGUCAACAAGUCUCUCAAACCCAUACUUCCGGUUUUGGAGCACCAAGCAAAAGCAACAACAGCUAAUAUGUCAUCUGCACAAACAGGCCAGACCGACUGGGGCAGUACUACGCCAGUACUCAUAAUUCUAGCCGCUUUCAUCGCUUGCUCGUAUGGAGCAAAGCUGGACCGGGCUUACUUGCCGCCAGAAUAUGCUAUGACCUCAGGGGGCUCUGGUGAAUUUCUCCAAACGCCCAUAUUGUCAUCCCCGUUGAAUUUCAAUGAUUUGAGGAAUCAGGGGAAUGAUUACAACGGUGUGGUAGAAAACAACGACUACGCAAAUGAAGGCAGUAGAUUCACCAACGAAGAUCCUAAACAAAUGGCCGCCUUUGGGAGCUACGAGCGUCCAGAGCGUCCCAGAGCCGCCUUGGAAAGGAACGCUGCUAUUCUUCGACAAGAUAAUGAAAAUGACGGUGAAAAAUAUUUAUACGCGUAUGAAACCGAGAAUGGAAUCGCCGCCGAAGAAAAUGGAGUAGCCACCAACGGUGUAGAAGCCCUAGGUAGUUAUUCCUACACCGGUGACGAUGGACAAGUAUAUAGUAUCAGAUACACGGCUGGUCGCAAUGGCUUCGUCCCCGAAGGUGAUCAUCUUCCUACGCCACCCCCCAUUCCGGAAGAAAUUCAGCUAGCUUUGGAACAGAACGCGCGCGAUGAAGCUGCUGGCGUUUAUGAUGAUGGGUCCUACAGCGAAGGAAAAUACGCGGGCAGUGACGGCGGAUACCAGACCCCAAGCUUUGGUCACAGCGACGCGAACCGCGAUGUAAAUAACUCAGACGACGACGCAGUCGUGGUCAACUCCGCUCUCAGCCCCGAGCCUUACCGAACGGGAUCCGAAUUUGCCAACGGGCCCAAUCGUCGGGACCAGCUGAGUAAUGGCGUCACUAAGGCGUAUUUGCCGCCGACCGCUGCACGUCUCCCUGGAUUUAGCAGCAGUAACCGUCGAUCUAGCUUUAAUGAUAGAACUGGUUACAACUAU